UGGGAGGAACUCAGCUACAGAGGAGGAGUCCAUCCUGUGCUGGCCGGUCCGAUAUAUAGUAAGGGUAGAAUGGAUGGUAACAAAUGUAAUAAGGCAUCGAUCACAGUAAAUAAUCAAAUGAGUUGAGCAGGUUAAAGGCUGAGGUAUUAAACUAGCUGGUAGUAGGAUAUCAAAAUGAAGAGAUGUAUAACAUGCAAUUCAGAGGGACAGCCAGCUGAUUUCAGUAAUUAGUUUGACUUCCUGGCAGGAAUUGAGCUAAUUCGCAUAUUCAGGUGAUUUGAACAAAAUACUGGGGAAGACAUUUACUUUCUGAACCUAGAUUUUCCACCUCUCAGUUUGCUAUACAAUAGUUAUAAGGUACUGUACCAGGGGUCAUGAAAAAUGAAUUUUAAAAAACGAUCCCUUGAACAUGAGACAAUCCCUGGUGAAUAACAGGGAUGGUCGGGGUGAUGUUGGUGGCCGGGUAAAUCUCUUUUAUGAAAGAGGACGGGUUGCCCAGCUCGCUGUGGGGCCCUGUUUGUUUUGGCAGAGUCCCGCUGGCUCUCCAGGGCUGGCACAGGGUCCCGCCUGCAGCUUGUUGUCCGCUGGCCCACCGCGGGACAAUUUAUGCUGACUGGCCUGUCCCGCCAUGAGAUAAUGGCAUUCCAGAGAGAUCCAGGCUAAAGCCCCUCUUUCUGCUCUACAGGUAUAUAUAGAGGGGGCGUACGGGGCGGAGGGACACUCGACUGCUCUGCCCCUCCUCUUCGCCUCCGUUUCCAAAAGUGCCAGCACUCAGAGAGACGCCAGGCCAGACACCAUGGAUAUCACCAUCCAGCACCCCUGGUUCAGACGGCCCCUUGGAUCCAUCUACCCCCCUCGCCUGUUCGACCAGUAUUUCGGGGAGGGUAUGUUCGAGUACGACUUCCUGCCCUACGCCACCUCCACCAUCAGCCCUUACUACAGGCACUCCCUCUUUCGCAACCUUCUGGAAUCUUCCAACUCCGGCAUCUCUGAGGUGAGAUCCGACAGGGACAAGUUCACAGUCUACCUGGACGUGAAACACUUCUCGCCCGAGGAAAUCAGCGUCAAGGUCAUGGACGACUACGUCGAGAUCCAGGGGAAGCACGGCGAGAGACAGGAUGACCAUGGCUUUGUCUCGCGCGAGUUUGUCCGCCGUUACCGCCUGCCCUCCAGCGUGGACCAAUCAGCAGUCACCAGCACGCUGUCCUCCAACGGCCUGCUCAUCAUCUCUGGGCCAAAGGUCACCUCAGGACCAGAGAGCGUCCGCAGCGACCGCAACAUCCCAGUCGUCCGCGACGACAAGACCAGCUCCACACCCUCUUCUUAGGGGGGUGGGCGUGUCCCUUCAGCUGGCGCGUAGCAGAGAGGGCGUGAGGGAACGGCAGUUGCC